AGUGCUUAUUUAUUCAACUCGGAACCUUGUGCACUAUAUUGUCUUAAUGAGGAAAUGGCACUUAGUAAGCUUGAAAAUGUCGUAAAAGAUGGAACGCCAUGUAAGCAUGGUACAAGAAACAUGUGCAUUUCUGGAGCAUGCAAGGCUGUAGGUUGUGACGAUAAGCUAGAUUCAGAAGCCGUUGAAGAUAGAUGUGGUGUUUGCAACGGAGAUGGAACGCAAUGUAAAAUUGUUGAAGAAACUUACAAGGAAAUUGGACAAGGUUAUACAAAAGUCGUAGUAAUACCAUCAGGUGCUAGAAAGGUUGUAAUAGAAGAACUAAAGCCAUCUGGAAACAUUAUAGCCAUUUCUGACAGCAGCGAAUCAAAAUUUUAUUUAAAUGGUGAUAAUACAGAACAACUUGACAACGAGUACAAGAUUGGCAAACAAAUUGGCAUUUAUACGCACAUCGAGCCAAAAAAAGAAAAACUAAUUAUUAACGGACCUCUUAAAGAAGAUUUGGUAUUUUUUGUUGACUUUUUUGAGGAAGUGAAUCCAGGAUAUUUGUAUCACUGGGCAGAGCCAGCAAUAGAUUCAAACUACGAGCCCCAUUAUCAUUGGGAAGCAGGUGAGUUUGAAGAGUGCUCUGAUGCUUGUGAUGGAGGUACUCAAAAGGCUGUUUUAUCAUGCAUGGAAGAUACAGCAGGAAAAGUUAGUGCUAACUUUUGUGCGGGCAUUGAUAAACCUAAAGAUAUUAUUAAGAACUGUAAUGAGGAACCAUGCAAAAUAUCGUGGAAAAUAGGUUCCUGGGGAAAAUGUCGAGCUUGCAAAGGGAAAGGUGGCGUACGUGUAAGGGUAGUUGAAUGUAUUAAGCAAAAUCGAAAACCUGGUUCUGAUGGUAUCCUUGUAGAGGAUUGUAACUGCCACGAUACAAGACCUGGAGCAGUAGAACUAUGUGAAGCUACUGAUAAAUGUGGGAAAAAACGAAUGGCAUCAUAUAUACCGGGACAAUUUCAAGAAAGUAUCUAUCAGCAAAUGUUUCCACAAAAAUUGGAUAGAGUAGUAAGAAAGGAUUCUGAUGAUGAAGAAGAGCCACAAGCAAACAAAGACAAAGAAGUACUAGCAGAAGUAGAUAAAAACGCAACAAACUCAUCUCUUAAAGAAAGAGUUGGGCACUUAGUUCAUGAUUUUAAGCCAAUAGAAGAUCAAAUAUUAGUUAAAUAUACUCUAAGGCCUAACCCAUUGCAGUAUAACUUAUCAGAUAAGGCGUAUGCGCAAAUGGGUGAUGUAAUAGGUGAUAUUAUUGAUACCGAAAAUAAAAUAGUUUUCACAGGGAAAGCAGCAGCAUUAUUAGAGCACGGGUUAGAGCAUGUUAGUAAUACCACAGUAAAAGUAAAGUGUGAGGAAGUAGAAACAUUAAAUAAAAAUGAGACUGAAAAUGAUCUUGAGGAUAAUACAGUAGAAGAAGAAACUAAAGAAUUUGAAAAUACAGAGGAGAGUGAAGCAGCAUCACUAGAACCCGAGGCCGAAGUAACCACAGGAGAAAUAUCUGAAAAACCAGUAAAUGAAUCCGAAGUAGAAGUUGGUGAAAAGAAACAAGUAGAAAAAGAAAGUAAAGAAUUUGAAAACACAGAAGAGGGUGAAGUAACAUCAUUAGAACCCGAGGCCGAGAAAUCCACUGAAAAAAAUGUUAAUGAAGAGGUAUCUGAGAAACUAGUAAAUGAAUCAAAAGUUGAAGUUGGUGAAACGGAACAAGUAGAACAAGAAAGUAAAGAAUUUGAAAGUACAGAGGAGGGUGAAGCAGCGUCACCAGAACCCGAGGCCAAAGUAACCACAAAAGAAAAUAUUAAAGGAGAAAUAUCUGGGGAACCAAUAAAUGAAUCCGAAGUAGAAGUCGGUGAAGAAACUACUAAUAAUAUUCAAGAUACUUUGGAAUCACUUGAACCCCCAGAAAUAACGUCUGAAACAGAAUCAGAAAAUUAUAUUUCGAACACAGCUGAACCUCAAGAAGUAACUAAUUUUUCUGAGUCCUUAGAAGCAAGAGAAACGUCGCUGGGUAGUGAGCACGAGAGUUCAGAAGAUAAUGAAGCUUCCGAAGUAAAUAAAAGUGCCUCUGAACUCUUAGAAGAAAGUGGCGAAUCAUUAAAGAGCGUUGAAGAAACAUCACAAUUUGCAGUAGAGGAAACAGGUGAAGAAACUUCCUCCACGAUAGAAGAUAAUUCUUCGGAAAAUAUUAGUGAAGAGCCUACUGAUAGCGUAGCUCAAGAGAGCAUAUUGGAUAAUAAUGAAGAAACAUCAACAUCUGUAGCCAAUUUACCGGAAAUUGUUGAAAAUGGUGAAACAUCUGAAGAGCCACAAGAAGAUACAAGUUUAACAAGUAGUGAAUCUGUUGAUAAUGAACCUGCAGCAGGUAUUGCUUCUUCAGAGGAUGCUAAAGAAACAGUAGAACCUUCAGGAGGGGAUGAAGCUUCUAAGAUAGAAGGUGAGGCUGCAGAAAGCAGUGAAGCAGCAGAGUCUAAGUCCCGCGAAGCUAAUGAAGUCGAAGGUUCGGAAGAAAGUAUAGCAGCCUCUGAAGGUACAGAAGAAAUAUCAAAGGCUGUAGAUAAAAGUGAUGAUUCCAAAGAUAAAGAAGAAAGCGAGUCAAAGGGAGCAGAAGAAAAUGCAGCUUCAGAAGAAAGUGCUGCGGGGGAAGAAGUAAUGACAACUAAUGUGCAGGAAGGCGAGUCCAGAGAAACUGCUACUGAACUAGCAAAAACACCUGCUCCAGAAUCUAGAUAA